AUGGUUCUCGGUCGCACUCUUCCUAAAGGAGAUGUCAGAACAAGCAACUCGGAUGACAUCACGCUAUCAGUUGAGCAGAUCAAAUACGCUGCUUUUGAUGCGUGGGUCCCUUUGGAGAAAUUUAAAGAAAUUAAUCACCUUCGUCGAGUAAAUCAAAAGGUGACACCUUUAGAUACGGGAGCUCACGGUGUUAUCUACGCCAGCUCUACUUGUUCUGGUAGCCCAUACGCAUAUGGUUUUGUUGUUGAUCAAGAGGAUCAUAAAGAUUUCUUUUUGAGAAGCCAUCAAUUUGAUACGCAUGCCAAUUCAAAUAUCAUAGUUAUAAGAAAAUGCAUCGUUGUUCAAGUCACCUCUGUUGUCCAAAGAAACAUGAUCGCAAAAUGCGACAACUCCCGACUUUUACCAAAUGCUAAAAAAAAGUGUCUUGGUGACCUUGAGACAGCAACAUUUGUGGAUAGGGGUAAUGACACCCAAUUUCUUCUGGUGGUCGAAGUAUCAAACUUGAGAACGACAGCAUCAGUUGAUAUUUUAAAGAAAUAUCCUCUUUCCCCUUGCUCCCAAACCGAUCCUCGUAAAACACCUACUGAUCAAAAUAAUGAUGAUGUACCUGCUCCUAGCUCUCAUACGAUGUCCACCAUUCCUGAGUUGCCCUCGAGGGUACUAAAAGACAUUUCUCAUUGCUGGACAUGA